AUGGCGUUUUGGAACGACAUCCAAACCCAACAGAAGGUUCACAGAGAUGAAGCAAGCAGGCUUCAUGUAAUCAUCGUUGGUGGAGGUCUGGGAGGCCUGGGAGCUGCUAUCGCCUCACUCCUAGCAGGACACGACGUGACAGUUCUCGAGGCUGCAUCUAAUAUUGGCGAGGUCGGCGCAGGGAUACAGGUUCUGCCCAACUCGGCACGGGUGCUCUUCUCGUGGGGGCUGAAAGAUACGCUCGAGCCAUACGCCACCAAGCCUACGCAGUGUAACUUCAUCGGAUGGAGGGGAAAUCACCUCUCGGAAAUGGAUUAUGUUGCGUACGCCUCAGCCACAGGGGCGCCGUUUUGGGACUUCUACCGGAUGAACCUCCACAAAUGUCUUCUGGAUAGGGCAGUUGAGCUGGGUGCUAAGCUCGUUACGAAUGCCAGGGCUACUGAUUUCACCGUGAAUUCUGAUCAGUCAACUUCGACAGUUACUUGUGCGGACGGGAGGACAUUCGAGGCAGAUCUUGUUGUUGGGGCCGAUGGCAUCAACUCAAAUUUGCGGGAGGCGUUCUUGGGGAGGGACGAUCCUCCUAUUCCAACUGGUGACCUGGCGUACCGUCUCAUGCUCAACACCGAAGAAAUGAGAAAGGACCCUGACCUACGUGAAUUUGUUGAGAAACCACAGGUUAAUUACUGGGUUGGGCCGGGCAAGCAUGCGGUCAAUUAUGUCCUCAGGGGCAAAGCAGCGACAGGCCACGAUUACACCAGCGAUCCAAACCUCCUGUUUAACAUGGUACUGUUGGUGCCAGACGAUAUGCCAGCAGGGGCAAAUACACUGGAGGGGAACAUCGAGGAAAUGCGAGCCCAUUUUGCAGACUGGGACCCUCGAAUUCCAAAGUUACUAUCAAUGUGUGACUCAGUGCUGAAGUGGCGGCUGAUGAUCCGUCCCGGUCUUGAGCCGACAUGGUCUCAUCCGUCAGGGACGUUCACUAUGCUUGGCGAUGCAGUACAUGCUACACUUCCUUACUUGGCCAGUGGUGCCGGAAUGGCGCUCGAGGAUGCCGGUGUGCUUGGCCUUUGCCUAGGCCGUCUGGAAGGAAAGUCGUCUGCAGAGAAGAGGAAAGCAUUGGCUGUGUACGAGGCAUGCAGACGGGAGAGGACUGAAGAAGUGGUUAGGAGGGGCACCUAUAAUCAGUGGAUCUAUCAUCUGGAAGACGGGGACGAGCAACGAGACCGAGACGCCAAGUUCAGACUUUUCGGAGAUUUGGAUAGACAGUGGCUGAGUGAGAAGAACCCCGUUCUGCCCGCAGCCAACGAAACAGGGAACGAUCCUUUCCCGUGGCGGUAUCACGGUGUUGCUCGUUGGCUUCUGACAUAUGAUAUGUGGAAGGAUGUCGCAGCGAGAUGGUCACAAAGCGAAAUACCUGAGACUGCAAGUAUGGAAGCAGCCCGGCUUUGA